AUGGAGAUUGACAAGGAACAACAUGAGGAUAUCACUAACUAUAAUACAGAAUAUGAGCUACAUGAUGGAAACCAAGAAUCAGAUUCGCCUACAGAGAAUGAUAGGAAGAGGGGCAUGACUCGAUUGCCAAAACUGAAGACUGAAUAUGUCAAUUCUGGUGUAAAAAAUUGUGUCAGGUUUGAUGAAUUUGGUAAGUUUACAGGGAAGAAUAAUGUAGUCUUUGUUAGCUAUUUGGGUGAUCUUGUCCGCGAGAAGGUGGAAUUAAGUGCUCUUUGCUGGAAAAAAGUUAAACCGGAAAUGAAGGACAAAAUACGGGAAGAGAUAACACAUUAUUUUGAGGUUCAUGAAAGUGGAAAACAAUUUGUGAUGAAUAGACUUGGUAUUCUUCUACGGAAUUUCAGAAGAAAGUUGUAUGCAGAUUACAUCAAACCACAUCUAGACGAUACCGAUAUGCUUGAAAAAAUCCCAGUUCAUUAUCGUGCACUAAUAACUGAACAAGAUGAUUGGAACAAAUUUGUGACUUGGGGGUAUACAACUCCUAGGAGGAAGUUGAUUGAAGAGAAUGUGAUUUCAAAGGAGGAAAUUCCCCCAAGGUCAGUUAUGUGGUGUAAAGGGCGUGAAAGUAAAGGAGAAUUUAAGGAUGAAGAUGUUAAAAUCAUGGCUGAUAAACUAAUAAAAGAAGGACAAGUAAAUGUUGAACCAGGAAUGGAUGCCAUGACCUUCGUUUUUGGAAAGGAAAAGGGUAGAUUUUUAAAGGGUGUCGGCACCGGAGUCACUUACAACAGAUAUUUCAAUGUUCCUCGCAGCAAAGGAUCAUUUAAGGAAGAAAUUAAAGAUCUUAAAGUUGCACUGCAUAAUGGAAAACUUGAGCUUGAGAAAAAAGAUGCUGAACUCAAGGCUUUGUCUACAAAGGUUAAUGAACAAGAUCAAACACUAAAGCUAGAUUUGGCUCAUCUUAAUGCAAAAGGAGCUGACUUUCCAAAUCUGUCUCAUACAAUUGGUAUUUCAAGUGAGAAGAUUGUACAGAGUAAUGAAACGUCUCCUGUUAGUCUAAAAAACAAUGAACCUUCAGAACCUGUAACACCAGUUAUUCCAAAACCCAACAAAAAACUUGUUCAAACGAAAUCUGCAACUGCAGCACCCGAUGCAAAAUUGAUUUCCAUGAAAUCUGCAACAUGGGUCCACCUACUCCACCCCCCCCCCCCCACCGGUCUCCCUUCCCAUCCACCGCCACCGUCCACCUCCGAUAACCAUUCCGGCAGCACCUACGUUCAAACAUGGUUCAUCCCUGACAACCACCACAAUUUACACAAAAUCAAAAGAAAUUAA